AUGUCUGCAUCCAAUUUUCACUUGUGUCUGCAUAUUUCUAGUGAGGCUUAUCAUUUGGCGCUUGGGAUUGGUGGAACGAAGAUGGCAGUUUCGUAUCCUAACUGCAUUCAAUUUCUGAAAAUUUCUUCCAAACGCCAUCCUUUUAACUCUACCGUUGGGCUCAGCUGCAGGGUGUCCCCUGUAUUUGCUUGUCUUAAAAAUUCAGAUCCAGAUUUGAGCACAGGAGCCAAGGUUGAUCCAUUGUUAGAUAGUGUCAAAUGGGACGACAAAGGUUUGGCGGUGGCCAUAGCUCAAAAUGUUGACACAGGAGCCGUUUUAAUGCAAGGGUUUGUCAAUAGAGAGGCACUUUUAACAACCAUUUCCUCCCGAAAGGCAACAUUCUAUAGUAGGUCGCGGUCAGCUUUAUGGACAAAGGGAGAGACAUCCAAUAAUUUCAUCAAUAUUUCCGAUAUUUUUCUUGAUUGUGAUCGUGAUUCUAUAAUUUACCUUGGGAAGCCUGAUGGGCCAACUUGCCACACGGGCUCUGAGACCUGCUAUUACACCUCAGUUGAUGAUUUCCUAAAUAAUCCAGAGGUUGAUGUAAAUAAGCUUGCAUUGACAACUCUAUACUCGUUAGAAUCUACAAUACACCAACGGAAAGAAGAACUAUCAAGUUCUACAAGUGGCAAACCCUCCUGGACUAAACGCUUGUUGGUCGAUGACAAGUUACUCAGCUCGAAAAUCAGGGAAGAGGCUGACGAGUUAUGCCGAACCCUUGAGGAAAACGAGGACAAAUCAAGGACUGCCUCAGAAAUGGCAGACUUGCUCUAUCAUGCCAUGGUUCUAUUGGCCCGUAGAGGAGUAAAAGUUGAAGAUGUUCUUCAAGUCCUCCGAAUGAGAUUUGUGAAAUCAGGCAUUGAAGAGAAAAGUAGUCGGAAACAAUAA